CCCGCCGCCCCAGGAAGCGCCGCGAGCCGCAGUGCACACGCAAGGCCGAGGCCCGCCGGACGCCGAGCCCAUGGCGGAGGCGCCCAGCCACCCCGACUCUGAGGAGCAGCAGGAGCUGCUGGUGGAAGAAGGCUCAGGGCUCGCCGCUCAGUGGAGCCUGGAGGAUGAGGAGGAGGCCGCCCGGGAGCGGCGCCGGCGCGAGAGGGACAGGCAGCUUCAGGGCCAGGACGAGGAUGAAGGCGGCCCGGGCCCGGAGCAGCAGGAGCAGGAGAAGCUCCUGAAGCCCCCCGACGCCCCCGAGCUGGAUGAGGAUGAAGGUUUCGGCGACUGGUCCCAGAAGCCGGAGCAGCGGCGGCAGCCCUGGGGGCCCGGGGAGACCUCGGACAGCGGGGACCCCCUUCAGGGCGAGAGUCCGGAAGGGGAGCAGGAGGAGGACAGGCAAGUGGGGGGCCGGAGUGGAGGCGGGGGCUCUCUCCAGGCCCCGGACGGGGUCCCCCCAACGCCCUGGGCUCCCCCUCCCCGCAGCCCCCCGAAGUGCCCCCUGGCUGAGGGGGCAGGAGGAAGAGCACGAGACGGCGGGCGGGGUGGGGAGGGCUCUCAUUCCUGGGCUCCCCAGGGCCCCGGGCCCCUUCCAGACCAGCUGUGGCGGCCAGGGGGCUGCUACAUCAGCACACAUCUGCAGCCCGCUGACGUCAGGGAGGCGCUCGGCCCGCCGCCGCCGCUGCCGCCGCCGCCGCCCCUUCCUCCCUCGGGGCGGCCCAGCUCCAUUCCCACGGAGGGGAGCAGGCCCGGCCAGCACGUCUGUGGGAGCCCAGCCCGGGUGUGUCUGGAGGAGCUGUGCCUGAGCCCCGACUCAGAGCUUCAGGAAGAGCUGGGAUCAGAGGCCUCAGAGCCCAGAGGCCCCGCGGGACCCGUGCAGGGCAGCCCAGGCCUGGCAGAGACAGAGGAGGGGGACGUGCAGCCCCAGAGAUGCCAGCAGCCCCGGACCCCCAGCCCCUCUGUCUUGGAGGGGACCGCACCGGGCUCCCCUCCCCUGAGCCCCAGCACCAAACUCAUCGACAGAACCGAGUCCCUGCACCGCUCCAUUCAGAAGAGCAACAGUGUGAAGAAGUCCCAGCCAGCCCUGCCCAUCUCCAAGAUUGACGGGCGCCUGGAGCAAUACACCCAGGCCAUCGAGACUGCUGGCCGGGCCCACAAGCUGACCCGCCAGCCGUCUAUUGAGCUGCCCAGCAUGGCCGUGGCGAGCACCAAGAGCCGGUGGGAGACGGGCGAGGUGCAGGCUCAGUCCGCCGCCAAGCCCCCCUCCUGCAAGGAUAUUGUUGCUGGAGACAUGAGCAAGAAGAGCCUCUGGGAGCAGAAAGGGGGCCCCAAGACUUCGUCGACGGUUAAGAGCACCCCAUCUGGGAAGAGGUACAAAUUCGUGGCCGCCGGACACGGGAAGUACGAGAAGGUGCUUGUGGACGAAGGCUCCGUGCCCUAAGUGGCCCUUCUCGCUUUCUGGAGACCGCUGGUACCACGGGCAGGCUGGCGGCACCACCUCACUCCGGAUCCACGCGCCUAGGAGCGGGGCUGGCCAGACGCCCCCAGCUCUGCUCUGCUGCUUCUCACAGCCCGCCCAGUCCACCCACGCCACCCACCGACAGCCGCCACCACGGCCACCUCUCGCUCCUGGACUCCCAGCCUCACCCUCUCGCAGCGCAGGAAAGGAAGGAACCCUGACUGCCGGUCGCUAAGGGGCGGCCCCCAGAGAAGAAGCCACGAGCCCCCCGGGAGGGCACGUGCCGGGGCCUCCGGGUCAAGAGCCACCAACCUCUGUGCUGCCCCCCCGCCCCGCCCGCCCGCCCGCUUACGGCCCCUCCAAUCUGCGCAGUAAACCUCCAUGUGUCUCCACAUGCUGGCUCUGGGGUCACCUGUGGGGGCCAUUCCUCCUAUACAGUGGGCGGCCCGGGCCUCUGCCCUGUCCAGGGGCCCCUGUGUGUGAGACUCUGGGGUCCGAGGUGUGUGGUUGGGGUGCAAGUGACGGGGGGUUUCUGUUCUCUGCCAGGAUGUCUGUGGCCCUCGCCCCCACGCCAGGCCCAUUAUAAACCCUACAGACCCUGGAA